AUGACAAAGGUGAAACUUCUUUUUGAAUGGAGUGUUUGGAUGGAAGUUUUCUACCCUCUAUCGACACAAGAGAGGGAUGACAGCAAAGAUGGCGGCGCCUAUGAGCAACGUGGAUGAAAUUCGCGAUAGAGUAAUAUUGGGUGAAUUUGGCGUAAAAAAUGUCCAUACUACAGAUUAUCCAGGGAAUUAUCCUGGUUACGAUGACUCAUGGGACUUUGAAAUAUUCAAAAAGAACUUCAGGAUCGAUAUAGUUAAUUUUGAUGACAACACGUUGGAGUUUGAUAUGAUUGGAAUUGACGCUGCCAUCGCCAAUGCUUUUCGCCGUAUAUUACUGGCUGAGGUCCCAACAAUGGCCAUUGAGAAAGUCUUCAUUUACAAUAACACAUCAAUAAUUCAGGAUGAGAUUCUAGCUCAUAGGCUUGGUCUUGUGCCCAUUAAAGCAGACCCUCGUCUUUUUGAGUACAGGAAUUCUGAGGAUGAGGAAGGCACAGAAAUUGACACAAUUCAACUUCAGCUGAAGGUAAAAUGCGCCAGGAAUCCUAGAGCCCCUAAAGACUCUUCAGAUCCCAAGGAGUUAUAUCUCAAUCACAUGGUCUACUCAGGUGACAUAAAAUGGCUCCCAGUUGGAAACCAGGCCGACGUAUUUGCAGAUGCCAAGAUUGGUCCUGUGCAUGGGGACAUUCUCCUGGCACAACUCCGACCAGGGCAGGAACUUGAUAUAGUCAUGCACUGUGUCAAAGGAAUAGGCAAAGAUCAUGCCAAGUUUUCUCCUGUGGCCACCGCAAGCUACAGACUCCUUCCUGAAAUCACAUUAUUACAGACCAUUGAGGGAGAACAAGCGGAGAGGUUAAAGCGCUGCUUCUCACCUGGAGUUAUUGAGCUAGAGAAUGUGAACGGAAGGAAGGUAGCUAAGGUUGUCAACAGUCGUUUGGACACAUGCAGCAGAGAAGUUCUCCGACAUGAUGACUUAAAGAACUUGGUGAAACUCGGCAGAGUGCGGGAUCAUUUCAUAUUCUCAGUUGAGUCCACAGGGAUCCUCCCUCCUGAUGUCCUGGUUACCGAGGCCAUUAAUGUCCUCAUCUCUAAGUGCCAGAAGUUUCUCACAGAGCUUGAUACAACAGAAAUGGACUAGAUGGAAGAAAAUUUGGAAGAAGAAAUCUAGAUGGAAGAAAUUGUACAUAACUUUUAAAGCUUUAGCUAAAAAACCUCCCUUAACAAGUGUGAAUUCAUACAGAUUCUAGCAAGCAGUUGUUUUUUCAACUGCUUUCAAGGCUUUACAAAAAAAGUAUCCAAGCAGUUUCUGUUUAGUCAAGUUAAUCUGUUUUGUUUGAGAUGUCCGGCUAUUACAAAACAUAAUUCUGUAAAUCACAUAUUUGACAACACAUUUUUGUGACAUAUUUAUGUUUUUCCAAUGUAUAUUAAACUUUUGUUUUUGACAAAAUGACAAA